AUGGAACGGACAGAUGUCUCCUCUACUGGCCCUCUGGGCCUGCCACAAUAUCUGUGGCAGCAUGCCAUCAACACCACAGACCAGGAUGUGAAAGAAGCCCUGAACCUCGCCAAAAUCAGCAAUCGCGACGUGCUGCCGGCUGUCCGCAUUUCUGUGGAUGAGAAAAGAGAGGAAGCAUUGUGGAGAUUCUGGCGAUGGGAGCCCCCUCACGAUCGCCCAGAUGAGGGAAGCAUUAUCGUGCGCGAUAUCUUGGAGAAAACGGUUUGCUGGAUCGAUGCCAUGCACGACGACGAUACGCAGCUCCCCCAAGAAAGUCAAACGGCAUGGCAUCUCGUCUGGUCUCCCUUUUGGUUUCUCCUUCGCCGACCUGUUGGCGAUAUUCAGGUCUUUGGGAGGCUGGUUUACGAUCUCGAGUAUGCCGCUCGGCUGAUUGUGGAGUACGCAAUUUUGGAUGUGGAAAAGAGUGACACUUUCGUCGAAACAGAGGAGUUGCCCAAGGCGGCGUUGCUUUCUCUAUACGACGGAAUCCUGCGCCUUUUAGCGUACCAUGUUCGCACCGCCAUGGGCGAAUCCCAACUGGUUGAGCAGCAUCCGGACCCACAAGAGUUGAGAAAUUCCAUAAGCGCCAAGGAAUCUCAGGUGCGGUCACGCCUUGGGCUGACUGCAAGCACCAGUUAUGCUCCGACUGGAGAGAUGUACGCGAGGGGAUGCGAGAAUGCUGCGGUCCAGAGGGUUGCGAUCACACAGGAGCUGCAGGAUAAUAUCCGGACUUGGAUUACUGGGAUCUCCGUGGCCGGUGGGUCCGCCGACGCCCAAGAAUAUUCCCGUCCCAACAAGGCCCCUGCGAGUGCUGAUUUCCUUGGCUCUGGUUCUUUCCAUUGUUGGUGGGAGACGAGCUCAUCGUCUCUCCUUUUGAUGCAUGAUCAGCACCAUGGAACCCACGGAAAAUGCGACCUUACCAAAAGAGCCAUAUCGCACGCCGCCGUAAACUUGGAACAUCCAGCUCCGGUUUUCCACAUUGAUUGCACUGGAAAGACUUCGGGCCAAGACAUUCUCAAGCACAUCGUGUUAGAGCUUGCUUUCGGGACUGGGGAGCCUCUGAAGACAUGGGACAGUGUCAUUGCCGCAUACAACGUCAAGCAGGCGUUCGCUGAGAUGCACGGCAGUACAAUUCCUCCCAUGAGCGUUCCCGAGUGCUUCACCGCGAUCCUGGACAUUGUAGCCCCUGGGCCAGCCACCAUUUUGCUGGAUCAAGUAGGAGAGCAGGAUGCGAACCUAAUCCAGACACACAUGACUGACCUGGUCGAUCGUUCCGAGAACGUCUUGAAGGUUUUGAUUGCAGUAGAGCGUAGCAUACACGAAGAUACACAUCUCCGCGAGGAGCUUGGCCGGCGCUGCAUUGAGCACAAGAAUGACACCACACUCUUCUUCCGGCAUGCCCGCCCUCCACAAUCCCCAACAAACGAGUUGUGCGACACGCCCGAAAAGGGCACAGAACUCUCGGCCGCCACACCCUUUCAGCAGAGCGAUGCCCUCUCCGCGGCCCUCGAGGCGGGCCAGCUACGCCCACUGCUCUCCCUCAUCCACCACACACCCGGCAUCCUCGACAACCACCUCCCCAACAACGCCCUCACCAUCGCCGCCCUCCACAACCACGUGCCCCUCCUUCGCUACCUCCUGACCCUCCCGCGCUUCACCACCGCCGACGACGCCUCUGCGCUCAUCGCCAGCGCCUUCCGCCUGGCCGUUUUGUCCAACCGAUUCCGCUGUGCCGUCGUCCUGCUCUCACUGCCAAACGCCACGUCUCCAAACACCGCGAUCCCCGAAGCCGUGCCAACGCUCUCCACUCCGCUCCUCGCAGCCGCCACGCGAAACCACACGCGUCUCGUUCGCCUCCUGCUGGCCCACGGCGCCGACGUCAACCUCGCCGCCGCGUCGGACGCCAAGCUCACGCCGCUCGCCGCGGCCGCAAGUGCAGGGGCCGCCGAUGCGGUUCGCGCGCUGCUGGACGGCGGUGCGGACGGGGGCGGGAGCGCACUCGACGUUGGCGGCGGCGGCGGCGGCGGCGAGGUAUGA